AUGACUGUUGACUCGUAUUGCAACGGUAAUGAUCUUCGAUCAUCCUAUGAGCUAGAAGCGUCGGACCAGGAUUCGCAAUAUGCCCCCACUCCAGGAUACUUCGGUUGCACACCUGAGCCACGAUGCGGGCUUAGUCCUUCCCCCGGGUAUUCCACCCAGAACGGUCUCGCAGAGUUAUGCCAAGUCGACGCAGGAAACCCCAAACUACUCCAGCUCUCCGAGUGGGACGAGGAAAUACAAAAUGAUGAGCUUCCGGCAAGCUGUAUCCAGUAUAUGAUAGAGUGGAAGGUUAUGCUGAAUAGGAAGGUCAUCUCACGAGACAUAGAAGAGGACGUAGCUCUAACUCCGAGUGCCUACUGGCCGGUGAACUUGAGGCCCAAGUUGGAGAAGUUGCUUGAAGGGAAAACAUCCCGUGCUGGGAGGGUCGGAUGA